AUGGAGGGCCCCGCGGCGUCUCCCGCGCCGACGAAGCAGUCGAGCGGGCUCCUGCGCGCCGAGCGGAAGUCCUCGCGGAGCGCUGGGCAGGGAGGCUCGAAGAAGAGCUCCCGGGACAGCAAGGACGAGCGGGGCCGGCACGACCUCCUGCUGCGCUUCUUCAACUCUGAAUUCUUCGACGAGUGGAUUGCCGUGACGUACCUGCACCGCAACACCUCCGACGGCGUCAACGACUACCUCUGCAACAAGCUGUACACGCUCCCGGAGGACGGCAUCGACCGGUACCUCUCCCAGCUGACGCACAUCGCGGCGCAGCGCCCCGGCUCGACGCUCGACAAGUUCCUCAUCGACGUUUGUGCCAACUCGCUGCGCGUCGCCAUCAAGUGCUACUGGCUCCUCGCGUCAAUAUGCGCGGACAAACCCCCCGAACACCCCGUGUGGCGCCUGAAGGGACAGUGCGAGGCGGCGGCGGUGUCGGGAUCGUGGGAUCCGCCGUUCAGGAACUUCGUCCUCGGCGCGCCGCCCGGGCGCGGCCCCGACGACCCCGCGCGCCGCCACCGCGCGCGGAAGGACCUGUCGAGCGACCUGACGGGCACCGAGACGCUCUCGGCGCGCGCGGCGAGCCCGACGACGCCCGACCAGAACGGCGCCGGCCUGCGGCGGUCGGACUCGAGCAGCCAGCUCUCGGUGACGGGGUCGGUCAUCGUGCACGAGUCGGACGGGUCGACUUUUAGUCACGAACGGCACAGCGGCGCCGACGGACCGGCGUCGCCGCCGGCGCACGUGUCGGGCCGGUACUCGCGGAUCCGCGUCGAGCUCGGCGACGGCGAGGGCGUGACGGGGCUGCUCGAGCGCUCGCGGGGCGCCGCGGGGGCCGUCCCGGUGCGCGCCAGCCUGGACAGUGCGGGCGCGUCCCCGCCCACGUCGCCGCGGCUCCGCGAGACGACGUUCGGCUCGACGCUCGACCUCGUCGAGGCCCUCAGCGAGGCCUCCGCGGGCCUGUGCGACGUGCCGCAGGCGCAGCGGCCCGAGGCGCUGCGCAUGGCGCUCAGCGCCAUCGACAGCGAGGUGCAGGCCGCCUCGCGGCGCAGCGUCGCGAUCGUCUUCCCGAUGUUCUGCGCGGACGAGCGCAUCGUGCGGAUCCCCGCCGACGCCGCCGUCCUGCUCUCGUCGCGCGACAAGGCCCCCUUCCUAUUAACGCUAGAAGUCCUGACCAAGUAUCCCGAGCGUCGGAGCCCCGGGUGCUCCGCGAACGUCCUGGGCGGCGGGCCCGCGCGCGGCGGCGCGUCCGCGCACGUCCCGCGCGGGUCGCGCGGGUCGGCGGUGCCCGGUACGGCCCAGCGCGCGGGCCUGGGCUCGACCGGCGACGCGACGGCGGGGGAGCUCGCGCGGCUGUCCGGGUACACCGCGGAGGACACGGGCCGGCGGCUGUCGGCGGCGAGCAGCAUCGGGGGGCUCGUGCGGCCGGGCAGCGGGACGAACCUCUCGCAGCUGAGCCAGCACCACGCCGGGGGAGCGCCGUCGCCGGGGAUGAUGGCAAACCUCCCCGGGCCGGGGUUCCUGGCGCGGCAGGCGUCGCCGCACGGGCACAGCCGGCAGCCGUCGCACGCGGGGUCGUCGCAGUCGGUGACGCCGCGGCACCUGGGCGCGGGGACGCCGGCGACGCAGCUCGGCGCGACGUCGACCGGCAACAGCGCGCGCAAGGGCGGCAUGCCGGCGUCGGCGUCGCUGCAGGGGCUGGCGGAGGAGCACGGGAAGGCGGUGGAGCAGGGCGGGGCGGUGCGCGCGCCCGGCGGGGCGACGGCGGGCACGGUGGCGCGCGUGGCGACAGCGGCGGCGGCGCUGCGCGGGGAGGCGCCCGCCGUGCAGGUGCGGAUCCGCGUGGUCGAGGAGCUGGACUCGGAGGACGAGGACGACGACCAGGGCGACGCCGGCGCGGGCGGCGGCGGGCACGCGCACGCGGGGUCGGCGACAUUCGGCAACCGUCUGCUGUGCGCCAUCGGGCUGUGCAAGACGCCGCUGCAGCUCGCGCGGGGCCGCGACCGCCGCCGCGCGCGCAAGCUGGUCGUGGUGGACCUCGACGUGAACGGCGGGCUCGACCUCACCGUCGCGGCGUCGCCGUACAAGGGCCGCCCGGGCCGCGGCACGUCAGGCAGCCACCGGCGCGUGCCGUCGCAGGAGGCGCUGACGAUGAUGCAGCAGAUGCAGAAGGUCGACCAGCUGCCUCCGCCGCGGUCGUUCCAGGUGCCGUUCGCGGCCUCGCCGCUCAGCCCGACGCCGGAGGGCCACGAGGCCGGCGGCGGCGCAGCCACGCCCCCGCAGCCGGCCCCGAGCGCCGCGCCGCCGCAGCCGCGCGAUCGCAACCGAUGCCGCGCUGCGGCGCGGCAGCGGCGCGCGGCACGGGCGACGGCGGCGGCGGCGCGCGACGCAGGCGCCAACGCGCACGCGCCGCGCCACGCGCGCUCCGCCUCCGCCGGCACCGGCCUCCGCGAGCAGGCGCGCGAGCGCCUCAUGCACGAGGCCGCGGAGGUCUUCGGCGAGCCGUGGAGCGAGCGCCUCGAGCGCCUGCGCGCCGAGAGCCCCCUCGGACACCUCCCCGAGUGGUCCGUCCGCCAGGUCAUCGUCAAGGUCGGCGACGACUGCCGGCAGGAGCUCCUCGCGGUGCAGCUCCUCCGCCAGUUCCAGGACGUGUUCGCCGAGGCCGGCCUGCCCCUGUGGCUGCGGCCGUAUCAGGUCCUGGUGACGUCGUCGCACUCCGCGCUCAUCGAGAUGGUCCCGGACAGCCUGUCGGUGCACACGAUCAAGUCGCGGUGCCCGCCCGGGACGUCCCUGUCGGACUGGUUCUUCGCCCGGUGGGAGCGCGGGACGCCCGAGUGCGAGGCGGCGCAGCGGCGGUUCGCCGAGAGCAUCGCCGCCUACUCGCUCGUGACCUACCUCCUCCAGGUCAAGGACCGGCACAACGGCAACAUCCUGAUCGACGCCGAGGGCCACGUCGUGCACAUCGACUUCGGGUUCAUGCUCUCGAACUCCCCCGGGAGCGUCAACUUCGAGUCGUCGCCCUUCAAGCUCACGCGCGAGUUCCUCGAGGUCAUGGACUCGAACGCGGAGGGGCGCGCGUCGGAGCUGUUCGACUACUUCAAGGUCCUGUGCAUCCAGGGGUUCCUCGCCGUCCGGCGCCACUCGGACCGCAUCCUGGGCCUCGUCGACAUGAUGAAGGAUAGCGGGUGCCCGUGCUUCAAGGGGGGCGCGCGGGCGCUGCAGGCGCUGAAGCGGCGGCUGCAGCCCGGGGGCACGGACGAGCAGUGCGUGCAGAUGGUGCUCGGGCUCAUCAGCGACUCGGUCGACGCGUGGCGGACGCGACAGUACGACCACUACCAGCGCGUGCUGAACGGCAUCCUCUGA